AUGGAGGAGCGUCAUGCAAACUAUGACGAGUUAUUAAAUGAUUUACUGCCUGAAAAUACGUUUGAGGAAUAUUCAUUAAAGUCUACCAUGUCUAAUGAGGAAUUGCCACUCUCUGCUCCUCUGGUCAACCUGACCCUGCAGCGACUGCUCUUACUACUUCUGGAACAUAUACCAAAUGAAAAACAUGAGAUAGAUGUCAAUCUUGGCUUCGGAGAGGAAGAGGAAGUUAAAAGAAAGCAAAUUUCUCCGUCAUCAAUCAAUACUUUGCCUCCAGAGAUACUAUUGAAAAUAUUUAGUUACCUUGAUCCUGUCACAUUAACUGAAAUCUGGAGAGUUUGCAAGAGAUGGAAACUACUAGCCCAAACAAAAGAAAUAUGGUACAAAUCAUUCAGUAAUGAAUUUAACACUCAAGAAUCUUUCCCUUCUAUAUCAAAUUCUAAGUUGUGGAUUUUAGAAUAUGAAGACAGACUACUCGCAAGAAGAAAGUGGGCCAAAUCAAGGCUCACCUCUCAAUACUACAAAUUUAUGAGUGAGCGAUUUGUAUCAAUUCCAAGUCUCAAAGUUGACUUCGAGUCAAAGAAGCUAACCGGAUUGUUGGAUAACGGGGAAUACGGAAGUUGUAAUCUCAUAAACGGCAAGAGCUAUUCUUACAUUCCAAAUCGACCAUUUUUUACACAUAAGACGCCGAAGUACAACCUGCAAUAUUUAGUUCAGAUACUUGCCGAAGAUGAUUCUAUUUGGGUCAAGAAGCUACAGGCAGCAAAGUCGUCAGGUUCAAGUAUCAAGUCUUCUGUUCGAUGCGAAGGAGAUUCAUUAUCUGCACAGAAUUGUUUAGAUAUAUGUGAUGGUGGUUACAACCAAGACUACUUUGUGUCUGGAGAUGUAUCUGGGUUUUUAAUGUGCUGGAAUUUUAAGGGGAAGUUAAUCAAGAAGUAUAAACUAUCGGAAUUCCCAAUAAUUUUCGUCAAGUUUGAUUACAGAAAUAAAUUUAUUGCCAUUGAUUCGAAAAAGAACAUAUAUUAUGUUAAUCGAGAAGAAGGAAAGGUUCAUUCACAGUUUCUGUUGAGCGAAGAAUAUGAAUUCAGUGAUCUAGAUACUUUAGACAGUAAUUUCAGCGAUGCUUAUGGACUGAGGUGGUGGGUAGAAGUUGACUUCGGUUUUGAUAAAGUAAUAUUUAUGCAUGGAUCAAAGAUUAUAAUUGUUGAUUAUAUUGAAUCAAAAUUAUUUAAAUCGUUAGAGUUACAAUGCCCUAUCCGAGGAGGGGAGAUACAAACAACUAGACCCUUAAAGCUAAUCAAAUAUGACAAAACUAUUGCAGGUAGUGAUGGAAUCUUGUACAGCAAUUUGCUCUCGGACAAUUCAGUACUAGUGUGGAACAUAAGAGAUGACAGAGCAGGGAAGACUAUUAUACCUCAGUGCCACUUUAAAACACAGUUUGGUAAGCGUGAAGAAGUUACUAGUAUGGCUCUCAAUAGCCUGGUGCUCAUACUUGGAUAUAGAAAUGGAUUCUCAGAAGUACAUGAUGUGUUUACUGGUGAGCGAAUUAGAAAUUGUACUAAAGAUUUUCCUAAAAAUUUUGAACACUACUAUCACGGUUGCCCUACCCAUAAGAUACUAUUGAACCCAGAUCCAUUGAUGCCUAAUGGUGUUAUUAUUACGUAUGAUUUAGUACAAUAUUUUCAAUUUGGGGAAUUACCUGAUGAUAAAGAAAAAAGAAGGAAAGGAAAAUUAAAUAAAUCUAUUCAUGGACAAAAGUUGAGUAAUAGGAACAUAAAAAUAGAAUUAGAAGAAUAUGAUAGACAGGAAGAGGAGAAGAAAGAAGCUCAGAGACUUAUCAGCAAAUUCAACGGAGACUUUAUGAAUGAGCCCAUUCUUGAUGAUAAUGAAAAUGAUAUAUCUCUAGCCCUUGCAGUGAGUCAAAGUGAAAGUGAAAGUUAUAAGAAUUUGAACGACGAAGAGCAAUUAAAAUUGGCUUUAGAAUUAUCCUUGAAUGCUACUAAUUCAGGCGGAAGUGCAAGUAUAGAAGAAAUACAGAGUAACGAAGAUGUUUUAUCCAAUGAGUUUUCUCAACAAUUAGCUGAAGCAUUAAGGUUGUCAUUGGAAGACCAUCAAAAAUAA